AUGGCGCCAGCGCGCCCGCUUGCGUGUGUGUGUGUGUGUGUGUGUGUGCGUGCGUGUGUGUGCGCGCGCCCCGCCGCGCGUGGGAAGGGGGAAGCUGUUUUCAGCCUGUGGACACUUCCCGUUGGGGUUGGCCAGCGGCGGCCUCCCCUGGGGGUCGACGGCAGCGCCGCGCAGGGCCGAGGCAAGCCGACGAGCCUGGGGCUCUGGGCGUCGGGGGCGGGCGGCCAUCCGCUUGGCCUCAGCACGGCCUCCGGCCCGCGUCCGCGCCGCGGUGUCCUCCCGCAGGUGGUCAUCCGGCGGCUUCCGCCCGGCCUCACCAAGGAGCAGCUGGAGGAGCAGCUCUGCCCGCUGCCCGCGCACGAUUACUUUGAGUUCUUCACGGCCGACUUCAGUCUCUACCCUCACCUCUACUCGAGAGCAUACAUCAAUUUCAGAAACCCGGAUGACAUCCUUCUUUUUAGAGACCGCUUUGAUGGCUGCAUCUUCAUCGACAGCAAAGGCCUCGAGUACCCCGCAGUGGUUGAGUUCGCCCCAUUCCAGAAGAUAGCCAGAAGGAAGCUGAGGAAAACAGACACCAGGACAGGGAGCAUUGAGGACGAUCCAGAGUAUAAGAAGUUUCUGGAAACUUACUGUGUGGAGGAAGAGAAGACCAGCGCCAGCCCCGAGACCCUCCUGGGGGACAUCGAGGCGAAGACGAGGGGCCUCACUGGUCUGUUGGCUCCUUUCUCCUUUUUGCCGUGUUGGGACGCACAGUGGGGCUCGUCUCCACGUGAUAAAAAGCCACUAACGUGGCCCUUGCGAGAGGCCUGGUGGGAAGGUCUGGGGUUCUGGCGGAGGGUGGCGCCGGGCCUUGGCGUCUGGGCCGGGGAUCCCGCGGGGGCGGGGCCGGGGCCGGGGCCGGGGCCGUGCUUGCGCCUGGCGGCUGCACCUUUGCUCUGCGGAAAUGGAUGCCAGGGCCCGUGGCCCCUCACAGGCUUGCCCCCCCAGAGGAUCCGGGAAGAGAAGCGGGAGGAGCGGAGGAGGAGGGACUUGGAGAAGAAGCGCGUUCGCGAAGAGGCAAGAAGGAAGCGAAGAGAGCAGGAGAGAGGCAAGCGGAGAGAGGCCGGCCGCCAGAGGGAGGCGGCCGAGAAGGACGUGCGGGUCCAGCUCCUCAGGAAACCGGAAAGGGGAGAGGAGGCGCCUGCCGAGAAACCCAAAGGCAGAGGAGAGGACGCUGAUGCCGGGGAGGCCCAGCGGGCCCCCUCAGCAGGCUGUGCCCCCCCGCGCCCCCAAGGCCCCGAGGACGCCUCGGUCGCCGCUGUCCGGGCAGUGCCGCCCGUGGCGUCAUUUUGCCGAAGCAGAGAAAGACCCUUCCUGGAGGCUCCGCAGGCCGCCGGCGGGCUGGGGCGCUGGACCUCCUGCUGCCCCGGGAGCCUCAGCCCGGCCCCCUCGGCCGCUGCAGUGCCCGAAGCCCUGACCUCCGUGAGCCCCGCGGCGCGGCACGUGGCGUCUGGGGAACGGGCGCCACGUCUGUGGGGGACCUUGCUGGAGGCGGCCUCCACAGAUUCCCCAGCGCGGAGUGGGAGGUCGGUCUGGGCGAUUCCCGGGAAGGCCGCGGGCGCCGCUCCCUGCAGCGGCAGCCAGGCCGCGGCCACCUUGCCCAGAGGCCUGCGUCCCUCCCCGAGGCGGACGGCGCUGGCCGAGACCUAG